AAUGGGUCUUUUGACGAAAGGUAGUCCGUUGACGUGGGCAGAAACCGUACCGCACAUUGAUUAUAUCAAGAAGCACGGAAUUGCUCAAUUCAUCAAUCUCUACCAUCGUCUGAAAUCAAGACACGGAGAUCAAUUGAAAUGGGGAGAUGAGAUUGAAUACACUAUUGUAAAAUUUGAUGACGCAAACAAGAAAGUUCGCGUGUCGUGCAAAGCUGAAGAGCUUCUUAAUAAGUUACAAGCCGAAGAGCAGGUGAAUGCGAUGCUUGGAACUGCCAAUCGAUUCCUUUGGAGACCAGAAUUCGGAUCCUACAUGAUCGAGGGAACCCCCGGAAUGCCUUACGGAGGUCUCAUCGCUUGCUUCAACAUUGUCGAGGCAAACAUGAAAUUGCGCAGACAGGUCGUCAAAAAGUUAUUAAAGAAGGAUGAAACAUGUCUAUCGAUAUCGUUCCCAUCUCUUGGAGUACCUGGAUUCACAUUCCCGGAAGUAGCAGCUGAUAGAAAGAAUGAUGAUGCAGCUAAUAGCGUUUUCUGGCCAGAACAAGCUGUAUUCUUGGGCCAUCCACGUUUCAAGAAUCUUACCAAAAAUAUUAAAGGUCGCAGAGGAAGUAAAGUAGCUAUCAACGUCCCGAUAUUCAAGGAUACGAACACCCCCAGUCCAUUCGUUGAAGAUUUAUCUGCACUUGGAGGUCCUGAUGAUACUCGUGAUGCGAAACCUGAUCACAUUUAUAUGGAUCAUAUGGGAUUCGGAAUGGGGUGCUGUUGUCUUCAAGUCACUUUCCAGGCUGUGAACGUCGAUGAAGCCAGAUGGUUGUACGAUCAGCUGACACCGAUUACACCGAUUCUACUGGCACUCUCUGCCGCCACACCAAUCUUCCGUGGAAAAUUAUCCAAUGUCGAUUCUAGAUGGGAUAUCAUUAGUGCAAGUGUCGACGAUCGUACACCGGAGGAAAGAGGAUUGGAACCUCUCAAGAAUUCGAAAUGGGUUAUUGAUAAGAGUCGCUACGACUCCACGGACUGUUACAUUUAUCCAUGUUCUGUUGGCUACAAUGAUAUUCCUCUUCAAUACGACGAAACCAUAUAUAAACAACUAAUUGAUGGAAAUAUUGAUGAGCCACUGGCAAAACAUAUUGCGCAUAUGUUCAUUCGUGAUCCACAUCAAGUUUUCCGUGAGCGUAUCGAACAGGACGAUGAGAAAAGCAGUGAACACUUUGAAACAAUUCAAUCAUCGAAUUGGAUGAACAUGCGAUUCAAGCCACCACCACCAGAUGCUCCAGAAAUCGGAUGGAGAGUCGAAUUCCGGCCAACUGAAGUUCAACUGACCGACUUUGAAAAUGCAGCAUACUGUUGCUUCGUUGUAUUGCUCACCAGAAUGAUGAUCUCCUUCAGGCUGACAUAUUUGAUGCCAAUUUCAAUGGUUACUGAAAAUAUGAAGCGUGCUCAGCAAAAAGAUGCAGUUCUCAAUCAGAAAUUCCUGUUCAGAAAAGGAUUGGCUGAGUGCAAAUCUGCUCCCGAAAAUUUGAAAGGAUCGGAGAAAUGUGGACCACCUAGUCAAGAUAUUGAAGAAAUGUCGAUUGAUGAGAUUAUCAAUGGAAAGAAAAAUGGAUUCCCAGGUCUCAUUUCACUUAUUCGCCAAUUUCUAGAUUCUGCUGAUGUUGAUGUGGAUACUCGGUGUACGAUUUCUCAAUAUUUGAACUUUAUUUCGAAACGAGCAACUGGAGAGAUUAAUACUUUGGCUCACUGGACACGUGGAUUCGUACAAUCUCAUCCUGCAUACAAACAUGACAGUGAUGUAAAUGAUAAUAUAGUUUACGAUCUUUUGAAAAAGAUGGAUGCCAUCUCAAACGGAGAAGAUCACUGUGAGAAGCUGCUCGGAUGCUACCGCUCUAAAACCGAUCAUGCCAUUUCUGCUGCUGUUCGCAAAGCUGAAGAGCACAUGAUCGUGUCCAGCCAAAAACGUGCACAUUAGGCGAUAAUUGAUUGAUUAUGUGAUUUUAAUUUAUUUAUGUUCUAUACGUCGUGUUUCCCAUUCCUUCUAGGCCUUCCAUGAUUCACAAUUUUUCGAUGCCAUAUCAAUUUAGUUGGCCAUCUACAUUAAAUUACUGAUAUGUUGAUGCUAUUUUCUAGUAAGCAGAUGUCAGUGUUUAGUAAUUCAAAAAUUUAAACUCUGAAUUUCUAAAUGCUUGUUUUUUGAGUAGUAGGAAUCAGUACGAAUGGUACAUUAAUCUGAAAAUAAUUUCAUAUUUAUGUACAAUGCUCCCCUGAAUCCAUCAUAUAAUUAUUAUCCGUGUUGUGAAAUUAUUGUUAAUUGUACGAAAAUAAAGUAUAUUUUGAACCU